AUGGCGAUCCAGCAACAGCACGCCCGCAUGAUUCCUUGCCAGAUGAUGCAUUAUCCACAGACAACCCUUCCACAACCUCCAAAAGUAGAGGACGGUUGGCUUCCAGACAACCUGAAAGAUAAAUCGACCCCGGACCUCCACUCCAUUCUCCAAAACCCCACCCUCCUCCAUGCCCUCGCAACCACCCACCCUUCCUACCCGGCUAUGCAAACCCACCUCACCACACUUGUGUCUGCCAACAAACAACUAGCCAAACACCUUGUCUCCCUCGAAGUACACCUACAUAACCUCCGCGCCUCCACCGAAUCUCUCCUCCUCCACCACCAAUCCCUCGAACUAUCCUGGCGCAAGAAGCAGAGUGAGAUGGACUCUGCCUUGGAGCCCUGGUCGCCCAAGGCGUUGUAUCAGCGACUCGUGGCUGGCAUUGCGGAGCAAGAAGCUGUAUGUCGAGCAGUUGAGGAGAGCUUCUUAGAGAGUGAGCAGGGCAGUGAGGAGAAAGCUACCGAGAGGGAGGUUGUGGAGUGGGUCAAGAGGGUCAGAACCGAAGGGGUGAGGUUGGAGAGCAGGCGGGAAAUGAGGGCUAGGUGGGAUGAAGGGAGAGUGGGGGGUUGGAGAUGA